GGAGGGAGGCAGGAGGGGGAGAGAGGGAUGGAGGAGCAGCUGCUAUCAUGACGUAUGAUUCGAUCUGAUUCCUCCAUUUUGAAUCCUCGUCUUUUUUUCUUUCUUUCUUGAGGCGUGCGGCUCACAUUUUUGAAACUCUCGGUGAGGGAGGAGUAGUAGUAGAGGGAGUGAGUCGUGCGUGCCCCGGUGUGCUCUGGCUGUCGCCUGGCCGCUCGCCCUUACCUCUCGAGGCUUGGAUUUAGGUAGUAGUGGGAUUGGUGUGGUAGGAAAAAUAACCCCCGCCCCCCUCCCCUUUCCACGAAGAGGGACAUUUCGUGGAGGGUGGCGAGCCACUGCGAGGUCGGAUCGAUAGAUCGAUCCGGCGGGCUGCUCUAAGCUCCCUUGAUUCUCCAAAUCUUUUUCUUCUUUUUUCCUUCCUCUUCCUCUCGUCCCUUUCUCAGACGUUGGGCUGCACCUGCCGCCCGUGAGGACUCGGAGCGCAUAGUGACCGUAAUAGAAUUACUCUAGUUUCGGGCUUCUUACGGAUCCAUCACGUCUCCAGCGUCUGGUGUACUCAUCUCCGUCUGGUGUUUUGCGCAGCGAGUCGGAGGAAACGACAUUGCGUCUGUCUUGGCCGAUGCUUGGAUCUUGACGGCUGCGGUGCAUUUUUGAAUCUUGACCCGCUUCAAGGCGAGCAGCCUUCGCUUCUUUAGUCUUCUGCGUUGAACACGGAAGUUUGCUUGGCUGCUCGAGGGCUGUGAGACCGUCCGCUGUGAAUGCAAUGUGGCUGCGGGUGUGCGAAUCCCUUCCUCAGCCUUAGCCGGGCAGCGAGUUCGUCACUGACACUGCAAUUGGUCUCACUGGUUCCACCUCUUGAAGCAUGGGAUAACAUUUAUGGCAUUGCGGUCUUCUUCAGCGCCAAUAUGCAGUCUGGGAUUCCUCGCAUCUUCCAAUUUAUGCUUCCUUCUGUAGCAUCGCAUUUGUCUCUGGAUGACAAUUUUGGAUCUUGGAUGAACUAUCGUGUCAAUCACGGGUGCAACUAUCCGCAUGCGUCUCCGUACGUGGACAAAUUUCUCCGGUGAAGCACAUUGCAGGGGAUGUAAUGGUUGGUGUCCUGGUCUGUGAAGGCUUCAGGUCGAUGCAGUAAGGAAGGCCCACUUUUUUAUGAGAACAAUUAGUCGACUAUAGUAUAUUAUCGCUGGUCUUGUUUCAACGAAAUGACAGGGGCAUCGAUGGAUCUGGAUCAAGAGCUCAUGAGAGCGGAAGUGGAGAGCGUUUCAUCGGAUAAUACUGUCGCCUCUGGGACAAACGGAAAUGUACAGGUGGUUGUGAGAGUGAGACCUCCUAACAAGAAGGAAAGCGAUCAGGGCUAUGUCAAAUGUAUUGGAGUCGAUUCGGGGUCGCACUCCUUGACCCUGACUUACCGACCGCAGCCUCGCACUUUUACAUUCGACUACGUUGCCGACGAACUUGUCACGCAGGAAGAAAUUUUUGCCGCCGUGGGGAGGCCUAUCACCGAUGCCUGCCUUCAAGGAUACCAUUGUUGCCUCAUUGCCUAUGGGCAAACUGGUGCGGGAAAGACCUUCACUAUGGAAGGUCCUGACCCCGAGUCGUCGUCCGGGAAUUCUCCAGGAUUUGCAGCCCAGAACAAACAAAAUCUUAAGCGCCAUGAGAAGCGUGGUUUGAUUCCUCGCAUUCUUGACUAUAUAUUUCAGAGGAUGUCUUCUGAGAAGACGCAGAACUGUAAGGACGUGGAAUUCGUCGUGAAAUGUUCGUAUCUUCAGAUAUACAAUGAGCAAGUUUCGGACUUGUUGGAUCCAGCGUCUCUCAAUCUCACUAUCCACGAGGAUGCCAAAUCUGGUAUGUAUGUAGAGGGAUUACAAGAAGUAGUUGUAUCCACAGCGGAGGCAACCUACGGUGUGUUCAGACGAGGGUCUGAAAAUCGUCAUGUGGGGAUGACGGCUAUGAACGCGGAGAGCAGUCGCUCUCACAGUGUUUUUACUGUGGUUGUGGAGUCUCAGCGUCGGAACGAUGGUGGAGUAAUGAACAGACGAACGUCGAGGUUUUAUCUUGUCGACUUGGCUGGCUCUGAAAGGCAAAAGCAUGCUGAAUCUGCCGGUAUACGACUUAAAGAAGCUGGCAGUAUCAACAAAUCGUUGUCUGCCCUUGGAAAUGUCAUUAAGGCCCUUGUCGAUAUCUCUGAGGGCAAAAUUCGGCACGUGCCUUAUCGAGACUCGAAGCUUACCUUUCUGCUGAAGGAUGCAUUGGGAGGAAAUUCGAAAUGUACUCUUAUUGCAAAUAUCAGUCCGGCCGAGAAAAACGUUGAAGAAACGAUCUCAACUUUGAAGUUCGCACAACGAGCAAAGUUGAUCCACAAUACGGCUAUUGUUAAUGAAGACAUGUUCGGAAACCCUGCUGUCAUGGGAGAGGAAAUAAGGCGGCUAAGACUUGAAAUCGCGGCAUUGAGAGCUAACAUAGGAAGUGGACCUGUUGGAGACCAAAGUCUUAUGAUGAUGACUCAAGAAACACCAGCAGAAACGUCACGUGUUAGUAGGCUGGAGCACAUCAUAUCUCAAUCAGUGAAGAGGUCCUUGGAAGCAGAGAGGAAGGCUGAAAGCGAAAUGCAUGUGCUCCAUGUUAAACUUGAAGCCUUGCAAGCAAUGUGUGAGAGAUUGGACAAAACUUCUCAGUCUCAAAGAAUGAUCCUAAGGCUCCGAGAGAACACUAUCAAAAGGAUGGAAAACGGCCGACAAAAUUAUCAAAGUGAUGACAUCACAAUUAUUAACAUGCGCGAGGAGAUUGAGCAGUUACGCAAACAGAUCGAGCAUCAUCCUGACGUUGUUCGAUUCAAAAUGGAGCUGGACCUGUGUAGAGAACAAUUGGACGAGUACGAAGACGAGAGGAAAGAUGAGGACAGCCUGCAGUCUCAAAUAGCUCAGUUGGAAAACCUGAAUCAAACAUUGAAGAUUGAAUUCCAAGAGAUGGUCGAAGAAAAAUCGAAAUUAGCAAUGGAAUUGGCUGAAGCGAAGAAUGAGAGGGAUGCAUGCAAAAACCAGCUGGGCACAGUUGACGAGCAGUUUGUGAAGCUUCGAGAAGCCGUCGAGAAGUACAGGCAGGAAGCUGCCGAAGCUAUUCAGAAAUAUGAGAAAUCAGAAGAGAAACUUCAAGAAUGUACUCGGGAACAGGACGAGGUAUGGCGAAGGUGCAACCUUGCAGAAGCACAGGCAACUGAAUCUGCCCAGCAGCUCGCUCUGCAAAAGUCCCAAGCGGAAAAAAUGAAGGACGCAUUCUUUCAGCAAACAAAGCUGCAGGAGGACAUGUUCGUCGAGUUACAAAAGACGACGGAUGAACUUGAAAGUACAAAGCAACUUGCUGCAACUUUGCAAAACAAGCUGGAUGAAGUUACUGCCCAAAUGGGACAGUGGGAUCAGAGAAUCAAGGACUCAGAGGAAGUGAGGAACAAGACUACGGGUUCUCUGGAAGAGAUGGUGACAGCCUGUGAACGACUUGCGGAGGCGUGCAAAGAGAAGGACGCCCACCAUGCAGAGCUUUCAAGUCGGCUGGAGCAAGCUGAUACCGAUGCCAAAUCUCUGGAGGAGAAGCUUGUUGCGCUUUCCCUCUUGAAGGCCGAAGCGGAAAACACUAGAGACGCUGUUCUAAGUCAACAAGAGCAGCUACUGGCAGAAGUAAGGGCAGAGAAGGAGCGAGCUCUAGAGGAAGAGCGAAGGAUUGGUUCUGAUAAGUUGGAGAAAAUGAAGGCCGAUAUGGAUGCUGAAGUGAAGCAGCUGACAUCUACCUUACAGAGCCAUCUUGCAAAGGUGGAGGAGCUGGAGAAACUUGUCGACAGUCAGGUGAGCACUAUCAAGGACAAUGAAAUUCUGCACAAAGCUGCGGAAUUGGAGGCCAGUGAACUACGUCUCCAACUUGAACAGACGAACUCUGAGGUAGCAGAGCAAAAGCUGACCGUCAGCGACUUAUCCGCGCGCCUCGAGUCCGCCAUGUCCCAGCUGAACGCUCUCUCAGAGGGAAAGACAUCCCUCGAAUCGAAGGUUACCGAAGCUGAGCAGAUGUUUGCCCGACUGGAUGCCGCAGAGAGGGAGAAAGAAAAUGUGGUGAAGAGGUUAUCUGAAACAAGUGUGUUACUGACGGAGGCUAAGGAAAAUCUAGAGUCUUUGACUUUGGAACAUCAAAACCUCAAAUGCGCUGGGCAUGAGGCUGAGAAGAAACUUCUUCAGAUGACUUCCAACUUUGAAUCGAUGAGGAAAGAUUUUGAAGUCCUUGCUGCAGAUAAUCAAUCUCUGAAGGUGGAUGUAGAAAAGAGAACAGAGGAGCUUCAAGCUGCAAAACUGAGGAGUCUUAGUUUGGAGUCAUCUCUUGCCAACGAGGUCACCAAAUCUGAAGCCGCCGAAAAGCAGAUCAAAGAGCUUGUGGAAACCAUUGAUAGCCUUAAGGGAGAUGUUGCAUCUAUGGAAAUCUUAAAGUCUGAUCUUGUAGAGAAGACGAAGGAGUUGGAGAUUCUGCGUAAAGAGGCUGCUGAGCAGAGUCGAAAGUUUUCCUCUUUACACGCUGAUUCAGAGAUUGCACAUAAGGAUGUUCAGAGGCUUCUGCAGUCAGUGCAGUCCCUUGAAGAAGAGAAGAAAAAACUCUCAGAGAAAAUCAGUGAUCUAGAAGGUGCCUCUUCUUCUGUACAGGAGGUCAUUCAAAGAUUAGAGGCGGAGAAAUCAGCAUUCCAGGCAAGGAUAGACGAUCUACAAUUAGAGAAGAAAACGGUCGAAGUUCAAGCAGCUACUCUUAGGACAUCCUUGAAUGCCAGCGAGGAGGCCAUGCGUGAUAGCUCGGUCAGCCUUGAGGACAUGAAGUCCAAGCUCCUAUGUAAAGCUGAAGAGUUGCACAAAUUAGAAUCCCAGGUCGAGGGGCAUGCCGACCAGAUACAGAUGGCAGAAAGCGCUUACAAGGCAUUGGAUAGUGAACGCAGCCGACUGGAGAAGACGGUGAGAGCUCUACAGGAUGAUAAGGAAGCAUUGAGUAAGAAAAUAGGUGACAUGGAGUUGAAUUCAAAGGCCAUGGAAGAUUCUAUAGAAUCUUUGAAGCAGGAGAAGAUUGCUCUGCAAGCAAAUCUUGGUAGUCAACUCGAACACAGCGAGAAGAACAUCAUUUCUCAGCAUCCCACUGAGGAAGAUGUGAAAGAUGUAGAUAUUGCCAACCAUGUGAUUCAUGGGGAAACCCAGGUGUGCAUAGAUCCAGGAACUACCCAUAUGGACCUCUUAGUCAGUAAGAAGGGAAAUCAUCUUAACCAUGUUGAUGAGGUUGAGAACAACAACAUGCAUCCAGAUGAGAAGGGAGAAGAUAGGAGACCACAGGAACAGGAAACAGAUGCGAGGCUUGUGGCUGCCCUGGCAGAUAUUACUGAUUUCAAAAGUCAUGUUGCUGGGUGUGAGACCAAGCUGGAUCUUGCAUUGAAAGCCCAACUUGAGGCAGACGAGCAGUCCCUGGUUGCUUUGUCCAGGGCUCAAGACUUGGAAGUUCAGGUGGCUUUACUAACUGGUGAUUGCAGUAAGCUUAGAGAAGCUUUGUGUUUGGCAAAUUGUAGAACUAGCGCCCUGGAGAUUGAGUUAGGACAGUGCAGAGAGCAAGAAGAGACAUAUGCGCAAGUCAGAUAUCAAACUUCGGAAUUGGAGAAAGAAUUGGACUCCUCUCUUUCCCUCCUUGAGAGCGUCACAGGGGCGCUUGAGGAGAAAAAAUCUGAAGGGAUUGAUUUGCUUAGAAGAGUAGCUGAGUUGAGUGCUGAGAAGGAUGUUUUGUACAAAGAGCUUGAGAAGGUUAGCGCUGCAAAGUUGAAGCUUGAAACAGAGCCUACCUGUACCACAUCCGAGUAUGUGGAAAUGGAGGCGAAAGUAGAGGAACUGAGCAAUGAGUUACAGCUUAUGAGAUUACGCCUGGAGACUGUCGUAGCUGAUGCUCUUGGGAACACUAGCAAAGUAGAGUUCGUACGGACUGAGGCUGCUGAGAUGGAAAACAAGCAUGCCGAAGCUGAUAACAGAGUCCUUAGAGGUCAUGGCAGAGUGACUCUGUUGGAGGAUGCAAGGUCCAAACUGCAAUCACGGGUAGCAUUGAUGGUCGUCGAGAAGGCCAACUUUAACGACAAGUUGAAAUGUCUCGAGGAACAGCUUGCAAGUGAUAGAGAAUCUGGACUUCAGUGUAGUGUUUCUGAACAGAGGCUUGCAGCGUUAGAAAGUGAUGUUUCCAGACUUGUGGAUGAAAAGCAGGAUCUGGAAGCCGUGUUUAGAGGAACAAUAUCCUCACUCCAAUCUGAGAAUGCUAAGCUGAGGUCUGAUAUUAUAGACCUGACCCAGAAAGUACUGUCCAGAGAAAAUGAGAUUGCGAAGUUGGAGGCUCACAGUUUGGAGCUCAAUGAGGCAGUGGAUUCUCGUAAUUCUCGGAUCACCUGUCUUGACGAGCUCUUGACAACUGUUGCCAUGGAUCACGAGACCGAGCUCUCGAUCUUGACUCGUAGGUUGAGUGAUCGGGAUCUCCAGAUCGGCAAGCUGACGGGGCAAAAUUUGAAGUUUGUCUCGGAGUUACAGGAAUUGAGAGACGAGGUUCAGUACAGCCUGGGCGAGGUCGAGUAUGAGUUUCAGAAGCACGUCAUUGACACAGAGACACGUUUGAGCGAGAUGGAGAGUCAAAAGAAGGCGGUUCAGACAGAGGCUCUUCAGCUGACCGCCCGCAUGUCAGCUGAGAAUGCCAAGUUCGCUUCUAUGCUUUCUGCUCUUGAGCAGCAGGUUGUGGGCCACCGUUCGAAGGUGGAGGCAUGGAUUGGAAGUUUCAACAGCCUAGAUUCUGAACUUCUACGGAUGAAAGCUGAGUCGGUGAAGAUGAAGGACUUGGAGGUUCUCAUCACAAAACUGCAGGGAGAGCUGGUUGCAGAGCAAAAGACAGGCGGCGAGUUGAAGCAAGAGAUCACGCAACUCCGCAGGCGCCUUACAGAGCAGGUUAAGAAGACGAACCCUUUCAGCUGGAAUAGUUCAAUUGGGAAUCCACCGAAACCAGAAGUGAGGACAAACCAGGGUUCUCUUAGCCUAGCGGGAACAGAUUCGGCGAGCAAGGAGGACUUCACACCUAGAUUUGCUGCGCAACAGAAGAAACGGGUCGCUUUGUCAAGUAAGGACCGUCCGGCAGGCAAGUCCAAGACAAGCAAUUCGAAACAACCCGAAUUUUAUAGUAUGAAGGUCCUCAGCGAAUCGCUUCACUCGCCAACCCUGUCAGCUACUGCACCUGGGAAUGGUCUGCAGACCUCUCGAUCACUCAGCCGCCUUCGAAAUGUUUCGGCAACUAUGUCUACGACACAAUCCGUGGACAGGUCAAAGAGACCUGCGCUUUCUUCGACUCAUGCAGCUGCCCCCACUCGUCAGCCGUUACGUUCUAUAUCCAACCUGAACACGAACGAGCUGAACAGACGUGCACCUGCUCUUGUGAAGCCGAAUUUGAGCAGCGGCAGGCGCGAGAAGGGGGAACCAACGGCCAAUACCGAGGCUCCUCCUCGGAACAAUAAACGCCGUCGCCUGGCUUGAGGACACUUUGACAGUAGUGGGAAGCUAUAUCUCCCUUUCAAUUUUUGUACAUAGAGAUUUCUCCGAAGGGCGGAUUUUUUUGUCUAUUGACCAGCGGCAGUUCUCGAACUCUCUGUGCCAAAUGGGAGUUUUUUGCUUAUACACUCCUCGGCACUCACUCGUGGUAUGAGACGCAAUCACCUGUUCUUACACUCAUGAAAACAUGAGUUCAGGUAUAUGGAAUCAGCGGCAGCGGCAUCUGUACAUGUGGAGUAGAUAGCGCAGGAUUUGUGAGGCUAGGCAGGGAAGAAGUAUGUAAACAUUCGACAUUUAUUCAAUUCGUUGCAUCCCGUGCUGGGGUGCUCCUGGAACUUAGCCCCGUUAGACUUAGGCUAUGUGGUAGUGGUAACAUCCCGUGUCAAGCUUGUAAAUUGCCUGUGCUUGGCGAUCAAGAAUGUUAUGUGUGGAAAACCUCAGUUCUGCGUCUGG